AUGGCCCAAUUGUUACAGCCACAACAUCCGUUCGAUCGCAGACCGAUCGCCCAUCAAUCCGCUGUAAAUGAACCGAUCGCUUUUCCUGCUUACCAAUUACCAUCGCAAUCCUAUCUACCACCACCUGCACAAAAACCUACCACGGCUCGUCAAGUGACUCCGGCCCAGCAACCUGCCCGCCCUGCAUACCUAGCUGUUCACAAGCUUUAUCUGCUUUUCAACCUCAAUAACAAGCAUCUCAGAGCCAGGAGACAAAGUCCUCCAGUUCCGUCUCAUGCUGAAUGCACGGAGGAAUUCAGUAGUGUUGAUGGCGUUGGUAAACACACCUCUUUGGCUUGCGAGAAGGAAUAUCUUCGUGUCCCCUUGAUGCAAUUCUGUAACUGUAGUCUUGUCACACACAUACGGACAUACCCCUGUAUUUACCUGUUGCCCGUCAUCAGUGGCGGCAGCCCGCGCUUGUGCGGCCACGUUUACAUCGACGUCCAGCCAACCAGGACGACCAAUUUGAUCACGUUCCACGCAGUCGAGCUCACCAUCAUCGACGUCAGCGUGCGGAGUGUCGGGAACGAAACGGCCGCUGUCAAUUCGGCCAUCGACGACCGAUUUCUCCAGCUGGAGGAUCUCUGCUUCUCAGGUCUUUUCGUUCAAACCUCCAUGGAAUUUCAGACAAUCCAGGAGGUGCCGGAGUGGGAGCAAAUGAGCAUCGUUCUCAAACAGGUUUUGCUCAAGGGUCACAAGUACCGCAUCGGUUUUUAUUACCUGGGCAAGGUUAGAGAGGAUUCCAGAGGAUUUUACAGAGCCAGUUACAAGAAUGACGUCACUUCCUGCUGCCACCAAGGUUGGUUCGGUGGAACGCAAAUGCAAGCGACCGACGCCCGUCGAGUUCUUCCCUGCCUGGACGAGCCGGGAUUAAAAAUGACUUUUGACGUGGUUGUCGGUCACAGCAACGCCAUGACGGCCCUGUCCAACAUGCCCGAAAUUUCCAGCCGUGCCAUGGAAAACCGACUUUAUCACAACAAGGAAACUGACAGCGAGGACGACCGUUUUACUCUCAUUCAAAUAAUGGCGCAGGAAUUGGCGCAUCAGUUUUUCGGCAAUUUGGUUACUUCAAAUUGGUGGAGUGACAUUUGGUUUAACGAAGGCAUGAGUUCACUCUUCGAGAUGCAAUGCCAAACGACACGUAUCGUUGUGAAGCCGAACGCCACAAAUCCAUUCGAUCCGCCAUGAAAUUCGAAGAGGAGCGAACAGAACCGCUGACGGUCAUCCGACAAGUGGAGACGGCCGAAGAAGCUGAAAAGAUGUUUGAUCCACUUUCCUACAGUAAUAGGAAAUUAAUUUAGUUUUUUUUUCUGACACACAAAAAUACUCAAAAUCUAAUCUUGUCGUAGGAAGUGGUUUAUUCCUGAUGUUACGCAAUUUCGUUGGACAUGAGGAAUUCAGAAACGCACUCAUCACUUACAUGGAUCGAUCGAUAAUGACACGUCGUUCGACAAAUUCACUCGCCAAGACUAACUGCAUUCCCUAAGCUGUUUUGCUGCUUGUCCUGAUUUCUUCAUCGUUUUUUAUUUUCAUAGUUUUUACCGUUUGUUAAAUAAAUAUGGAAAUAUUCGGGUA